AAGCAUCACAGCGUUUGUGUGUUGAUUGUGAAUACAACUUUCAAUAAUAUCGGAAACAUUCACCAUCACAUCUGAGAGAAAAUAUAGAUAUUGAAAUAUAUCUAUAUAUAUUCUGUUCUGCGAAGUUGCCAGUAUACUUUAUAUAGUGUGAACGGGUAUCACUAUAACUUAUAUAUCAGUACAAGGGAAUUAAUAUUAUUGUGCUCCGGAUCAAGUCUUUACUCUCCAAAGUCAUUGUAAAAGAGACCUGUAAAACCGUGAAAACCGCAGUCAUCAACCUGAAAACCGAAUAAUGGGAACUAACGAAAAGAUUUUGAUAAAUAUCUGAAUUUUCCGUAAUUUUCUGGACAUGAACGUUUUACAGAACUUGUUGGCUAUUUUUGCAAGUUUCGUAUGUCUUCAGUCAAGUUUGGAUACGACGGUGGUUUUGGGAGAAAUCCAUGGUGAUAUUUUUACAAAUUGCGGAGGAAUAUACGAAACUCCUCAAGGUGUUUUGUCGACUCCAAAUUUCCCGGCAUCAUAUCCAACACCAUUGUACUGCGAAUGGCUUAUACAUGCGCCACCGGGCAAGAAAAUAGUUCUAUAUUUCACCCAGAAUUUUAUGAAAGAUUCGAUCUACAUCUCGUCAUAUGAUUAUUAUGAAGACAUCAACCUCUAUGUAGGACGUAAAGAAUUAGGUCAAAUAUUCUGGGAGCACGACUUGGCGUUUUUAGUAGAAUACAAGCCGUACGUGUUAAUUCAGUUUUCCGUCGAGGCGAUCGGCAACCGGCAUCUACGGGUAAUAGAUCAUUUACUAGAUGUUUAUGGAUUCAACAUCACCUACGAAUUUAUAGACAUUGAAAAUGACUUAGUAAAACAAACAUGUUCAGUGAAAACUUGUUCAUAUCUAGGUAACUGUAUUGCCUCGUCCGAUUUCUCGGAGUAUUCCUGCCGUUGUUUUGAGAAAUUCUUUGGGGAAAAUUGCCAGUAUGGACCUUACUGCGAUCCGGCAAAUGGAAUUAACCUUUGCUCAAAUGGAGGCCUUUGCAAGUAUUUCUUCGGUUCUUUGAUCAACCAGUGUGUAUGCCCGGAAGGCUUCGAAGGAGCCUAUUGUGAAAGGUCUGCAGGCGAAGUCCUUAACGUAACCGUGUUACCAGAAGAAUGUUCAGCUCUCAAGUGUAGCCACACGUGUGAGGUGGACUUCACAGGUCAGCCACAGUGCUAUUGUCCGGACGGCUAUGCAAUAGAAGAAGAUAAUGAAACCUGCACACCUAUCGAUCGAUAUCGCUUUGACGUUGCAAUACAAUUUCAGAAAACGAUCAGAAGUCCAUCAGUCAUAGAAAAAGAGAAAAUAAAAAAUCAGAUCCGUAAAACAUUGACGGAGAAUGGCAUUACGACAUUAUCUAAUUUAAAAAUUCGACGGUUCAGAAAUACCACAGAAACGACAGUGAUGGAGUUUUAUUUUUAUUGUUUGGUAUCUGAGGUGGGGUUGGUACAAGCAGCACUGCACGCAGUCAGUCAACAUCGUGUUGUGUCUGGGCACCAGCUGAAAAAGAAAACACUUAAAUAUGAAAAGAAUCCGGAGCUGGUAUUAUCCGAGGUCAUGAACUAUGACCCUCAUCCAACCCUCCGAGGGAAAAUGUUAACCCUUGUGUGCGCUGCGAAGGGAUCACAGAAUUUAAGGUUUCGUUGGUUUAAGGACAAUGUUCAUGUUGACACAAGUUUAACCUCGAGGAACGCAUGGGAGACAAUUGUACCUCAUACUGUACAUGGAAUGUACCUCUCUGUUCUAAAUAUAGACAGUGUGAUGCCGAUUGACCAAGGUGUAUUUACCUGUCAGGUAGAGGAUUUUGGUGAGUCUGUCACCGGAAGUGUGGACGUCACCGUCAACAAUUACCCACGGGUACAGUUAGACCCAAUGUCCUUGAGUGUAAAUAAAGGGGAAAUGAUAACAUUCAAAUGCCUUUCACCAGACGACAGUUGGCAACAGUUUACAUAUGAGUGGUAUAAGAAUGGAAUCAAGAUUUUAGCAAAUUCACAAACCGAGUAUGCAGAGCAAAUGUAUCCUACUGGAGUUCGACUUGUGGUGCAAGGCGUCCAAGUACACGGUGAAUACACCUGUAAAGUUACCAAUGAGGCCGGGUCUGCCAACGUGUCAGCUUAUGUCUUCGUCAUAAAUGAUAAUACAACGGUACAGUUCUGUUUGAGGAGUUAUGUAGGGGAGGUAAUGUGGUCAAAUACUUCCGGUAACCAUUUUGACGUCCAGCGUUGUCCAACAGAACAAGGAGGAGAAUAUAGACAACUUGGAACAAUAGACUUUGGUUACGCAAGACGCCAUUGCGAAUGUGACGUCACGCAACGAAACUGCAAGUGGACCGAGCCAAACUUUUCAAAGUGUCAAUCUCUACAGCUGAUUAAUACCUACGAUGAAUUGGAACUUGUCCGCAAUGGCUACCAACAGAAGAACCUGUCUGACAUAUUUGAUGACUUGUAUACGUUCGUCUUAUCCAAAAACGAAGAUGCCAUGCUUUAUGCCGGGGAUGUUGACAUGGUUGCUGGGAUACUAAAAGAAUUGCUGAGUCACAUGAAGUCAUUUCCCCAACUGGUUAAAAUAGACGAAAAGAAAAUACAAGCACAGCGUUUGGUUGAUUUGAUGGGAGCCAUCCUGCAGAGGUCGUCUGAUGCAACAGUUGAUGAGAAGUCGGACAUCAUGGUUGGACCAAGUAUCGUACAAACCGUGCACACCCUGAUUACCGGGGCUAUCAAACAACUACAGUUUUCUGAACCAUUAGAUGUGUUAUCCCCUGAAAUCGUUAUGAAAGAGGAGCUGCUGACAGAGGUACCAUGUGCAACAUGUAUAACAGGUUAUGCAGUUAACAAGCAAAAUAAGGAACUUGUUAUGCCAUCAUCUAUGAAGGUGAAAACUUUAAGCAUACGUUCAAUGUAUCUAGAAGAAUUGUUAUCAUAUAGAGAUUUGAUCAACAACAAAAAUAAAAGGAUUGAGUUUGAGCCAGUUUCGCCGGUUUAUUCAGUGGCACACCGUGUUGAUGACAUCACUAGCUACAGAAACCCAACAGCUAGAUUUCAUAUAGAUCACCAUGAAUACUCUCAGAAAAUUAGGUACAAUACAACAGUGUGUUUGAAAUGGGAAUUUGAUGUUCGGAAUAUUUACAGCGGACAGUGGACAGAAGAAGGUUGUGUGACGAGAGAAUCUCGCGUAGAUCAAACUAUUUGUGAAUGUCGGCUACCCGGUCAUUUCAUUGCUGGGAUGAUCCCUUCAAAUAUAUCUGACAAACCACAAACUAACUCGGUGAAAGAUAUAAGUGUACCGCUUAUAUUGAGUUAUUCUUUUUCGCUGGUGUUAGUCUCCAUUGCCUGUGUGGUUUAUAUAAGGACAAUUGGCAAUUUGAAUGUUGAGAUUCAUACAGUACACUUCAGUUUUGUGUGCAGUAUAUUGCUGGCAACACUCGCUGCACUCAUCUGUUUGGUAUAUACCAAUGCUGACCAGGUUUUUAGUGAAGUACUCGGAAGAGUUUUGACGUUUUCAUUCUAUGUAGCAAUAGUAGCCUUAACACUGGAAAUGUUUCACCUGUUUGUGAUCACCUACAAUAUCAAGCUGAUAUUUUUGACUAAGAUGAAAUUUGCUAUUAUUUGUUGGGGUAUUCCAGUAUGUUUGAUGGUGCCCACCGUGACCGUGUCGAAAUACUUAGAUGAUAAUCUUCAGAACUCGUGUCAUCUUAUUUGCUGGUUGAAUAAAGACACGAUUGAGUUUCUAGUAUUCGUCUUGAUUCUUGGUUUGGAUUUAUCUAUAUACAUUUUAUUGCUCACUCUCUGUGCGUGGUCUUUAAGAAAAUGGACAGAAGAAUGGCGCUAUGCAGAAAGAAAGAUAUACGUGAAAUCCAUUAUCAAGAAUGUUAUUCUAUUAUCAUUUUUGUUAUUGGCGAUCGGUUCUAGUGUGUCUCUGGAAUCGUCGAGUUAUAUUCCACAUGUGGCCUGCACAAUUACAUUCCAGUUAUCUCUAUGUCUUCUGCUGCUGGUAUUCCGCUGUGUCAUGAACAAACAUGUUCGUUAUUUGUGUGUACGAUCAUGUUGUGGAGUUCAAAGACCACAGACAAAGUCUAAGGAUCAAGGAAAUUACAAGUCAUUCCGUGCCUUCAUUGAACCUACAAGAGUAAAUAAUGUCGUGAUUAGCCAAGAAGAAGACAACGUGUCAAAGUAUUAUGACGAAGUUAACAGAAAAAAAUACACUAAAGAACGAAAAAGAAUGCUGUCGUCACUUCUCGGCAGUGGAUCUAGGGGUGAUGAUUUGACCUCUAACAAUCGGUCAGGUGAGACUACUGCCGAAACAUCCGUGAGCUGCACCUCAAGUGGUACCGGUUCCAAGGAGAGCACUACUUCACCGUCUUCACUGAUGGAUUUGUUUAGUCACAGUGGAACGGACUGUGGUAUUUUGAUUAAUGAACACUCAAAGAGUACAUUGAGUGUGGGAGCGAGUGGUAGUGUUAAAGAUGAAGUUGAUAUAGUGCUACAAAAUCAUCUUAAUUCAGAUGAUACUGCAGACACUCGUGGUAAAUGUGAGGAGGAUCAUUUUGAAGUAAUUACAAACGAUUCUGUCGACGUCGUUACGGAAAGCAAUGCAAAUUCUUAUCAAAAGCCAUUAGUUCAUUCAAAGUCGUAUGAUAAAAAUCACCUGACAAACACUCACCAUGAAUACGACAAACCGGUGAAAGACAAAAAUGGGUGUAAGAAACAAUUACCGUCAUCCAAGAAAAAGGAAGGAUUAAACUUCAAAUCCAACGAGCUUGCCAUCGAGUGUUUUCCAGAAAUUCAUAAAAUUCCAGAUAAAGAUUUAGUGUUCAAUCAAGACGAACCUUAGUGGCGACAUGGUCGAGUGGUUAAUGCGUUAACUAGCAACCAAACGAUUGCUAGCCGCGUGGGUUCCAAACCCUGUCAAGGGCAAACUGGUCGUUGUUUCCUUGAGCAAGACAUUUUACACUCAUUGCUUAGUAAUGGUUGGUUCCAUGAACGAAGUUGAGAAUGUUUCAAUAAGCUUAUAACUUCCGACACUAUGGAACUAAAAUAAAUCCGUAUAAACUAUGAUGAGUCUUGCCAGUAAGGGAAAGUGUCUUUGGACCAUAAAUAAAAUUAUGUUUGCUGUACACAUUCUUUAUUUCUAAUAUUAACAAUAGUGUUCAUAGUUGCUUGAGGUUUCUACCUUUGAACUGAAUUUUCCUUGUUGCACCUUUCCAACCAAUUUUUGAAACAGUACAUUUUUAUUUUGAUGUCAGCAAUUAUAUCUUCAUAGCAUAAUAAACAUGAAAUUCACGGACACAGUGUAGCCCAGCUCUGCAACAGUGUCUUUGAUUUGCAGUUUGUGUUUUAGGAUCAUCAAAAAAUGGCAAUACAUGUACAUGUUAUUUUGUAUUCAUAUUAAUUAUUAUUAUUGUAAGUUUUAUUAUUACUACUACAUUAAACUACUUCAAUAAAAUGCUACAAUUUUUCUAAGUAUUAUUAGUAUAGCUGAGCAUAAUAAAUUGAAUAAGAGUAUUAAUAUAUAAGCAAUAUUUUUUCGGAUAAAAAUCCAUAAAAUAUGACAAUUUAAUGACUAACUUUAAAGCAGCAUGCCAGAUUCUGCUAAUUUUCAUGAAAAUUUUGAAAAUUUAUUCAAAUGCAAAAUAUUGUGAGGUAGACAAAGUAAAUAAUUUACACAUUACACAGCACUUACAAUCCACAUAAAUAAAAAAAGUCAAAUAACGCCCUUACUGCGUUAGUAACGCAGUAGAAAUAUAGUGAUAAAUACUGCAAAAUCAGAUAUUUAUCGCACAUAACAUAAAUAUAAUCUGCUUGAAUUUUGAAUAUUUUACUUGUCUAAAAAUCUUUAAAAAAUUAUCAAGUUUAAUCUUAAAAAUUUUUUCUCAAGUUUUAUUUCUUUGAAAUAUUUUGGCUCAUCUGAAGGCAAAGAUGUUAACUUUGUAUUAAAAUUAUUAUUCCCAGUAUAUACAAUUUGCAUCCUUUGAUUUUGAUUAUGGUGCAAAAGAUAUUUAAAAAAAUCCAUUUUAUUUGUCAUAAAACAGUUCUUUCUUAUACUAUCGUUCUCGUAAUAAAUAGCAGUCUUUCACGUAAAAAUAACGUCCUUUUUAUUGUUUUUCAAAACUUUAUCUAUGCAAUAUUAAAUGAUCAUACUACAUUUGCAAUAUCAAACAAAAAUGGCAUAUAUUUGGUUAAAUCAUCUAGAUAUAAUGAUCGUUUAACCCCUACCCUGCUGGAAAAUAAAAUGAUCAUACAAGUUUCCAACGAUAUAGAGCGCAUCAGUGGUGUUUGACAAGGCGCUAUUCUGUCGCUACCUCUUUCUUUGUAUUUUGACAUUGAAAUCCCUUAUUAAACCAAAGCUCAAAUACUGCAGAUUAUGGGUUAUUUCAUAAAGGGGGAUACCUAUUCACUUGAUUGGAUUCCAUCUUUGGAAUGAAGCACAAACCGUCGUGUCAUGUUUUGAUAUAUUUAUGCAGAAGGUUUUAGACAUUUUCUGUUUAUCAAAAAGGGUUAUACUUCGCUGUUGUUAUUGUAUAGUUGUAUUUUGUGUUUUCUUAAUGAUGUAAAUACGGAUUAUAUGCAAUUUUCAGUAUUUUGUUCUUUAAUAAACAAUCAUUCCAUAGAAACUA